AUGACACCAGAGGAAGAGCGCCAGGCCGCCCUCGACUCGUAUCGCCAGAAGCUCAUUGAGUCGCGGGAAUGGGAGGCGAAGCUCAAGAAUCUCCGACUAGAGAUCAAAGACUUGCAGAAGGAGUUCGAUCGUACCGAAGAUAACAUCAAAGCGCUGCAAAGUGUGGGCCAAAUUAUUGGUGAGGUCUUGAAGCAGCUUGAUGAUGAGAGAUGUAUAGAAAACCACCACCCCCUUCACAGUCAAAAGCCCUAUAGAUUUUGGCGGCAGCCGUUUACUAAUGUUUGGACGACGACAGUUAUUGUCAAGGCGUCGUCUGGCCCUCGAUACGUGGUCGGCUGUAGAUCCAAGGUGGACAAGGAGAAGCUGAAGCAAGGCACACGCGUUGCCCUCGACAUGACGACCCUCACCAUCAUGCGCAUGCUCCCCCGCGAAGUCGACCCCCUCGUCUACAACAUGUCGUUAGAAGACCCCGGUCAAGUCAGCUUUGCUGGUAUCGGAGGGUUGAACGACCAAAUCAGAGAGCUAAGAGAAGUCAUUGAGCUGCCGCUCAAGAACCCUGAGCUCUUCAUGAGAGUUGGCAUCAAACCCCCCAAGGGGGUCUUGCUCUACGGACCUCCUGGAACUGGAAAAACCCUGUUGGCAAGAGCAGUGGCCAGCAGCCUGGAGACAAAUUUCUUGAAGGUUGUUUCAUCAGCCAUUGUCGACAAGUACAUUGGUGAAUCCGCACGACUUAUCCGCGAAAUGUUUGGCUACGCAAAGGAGCACGAACCCUGCAUCAUCUUCAUGGACGAAAUUGAUGCCAUCGGUGGUCGCCGUUUCUCCGAAGGUACUAGUGCUGAUCGUGAAAUCCAGCGGACGCUGAUGGAGCUCCUUAACCAACUGGAUGGUUUCGACUACCUGGGCAAGACGAAGAUCAUCAUGGCAACAAACAGACCUGAUACCCUGGAUCCUGCGUUGCUACGUGCUGGUCGUCUGGACCGCAAGAUUGAAAUCCCCUUACCAAACGAGGUCGGACGACUGGAGAUUCUUAAGAUUCACGCACAAAGCGUUGUUUUGGACGGGGACAUUGACUUUGAGAGUGUGGUCAAGAUGAGUGAUGGGUUGAAUGGUGCUGAUUUGAGAAACGUCGUGACGGAAGCGGGUCUUUUUGCGAUCAAGGACUAUAGAGAUUCAAUCAACCAGGAUGAUUUCAACAAGGCGGUUCGCAAGAUGGGCGAGGCGAAGAAGUUGGAAGGCAAACUCGAGUACCAGAAGUUGUAA